GCAGGUGGAAACUACACAUCCAUGAAGACUCUUCCGUAUGAUUAGAUCAGUGCAAUUUAGAGUCUUUUCUAGGAGUGAGGUAAGGCUGAGAGUAAAAUCAAAAGAAAACGGUCCAAAUGAGUUUUCGCAAUGUUUUCGAAAUUUCAGAAUAAGAAUAAUGUUCAUUAAGAGCCUACAGAAUGUCAGAUUGAAAGAAAUAAGUCUGCUUCACCCAUACAUCUUUAAGCUCAUGAGAUAAUAUUGUAAUGAUUCUGUAGAUUUCUUUGUAGUGAUCAACUUCCAUACCUUCUUUUAAAGAAAGAUUUAUGUGUAAAAUAGAAAUUCUAAUAAUUUUAUUAUACCAUGGUUUUCAAAACCUUAGAUUUAAAUCUGCUGGAGGUUUUUGUGUAUAAUUUUCUCCUAGUCGACUCAAAACAGUACCUUUCUUCACUAAUUUGGGUUUUUCCUGCGGUUUUAAUUCCAGACGAAAAUGCCUUAAAUCACAAAGAUAAAUCUAAAGAUUUAUGCUUAGUUCAUUAGUUUUAAUAAAACCAUACAGAAACAUAAGCGAUCCAAAAUUAACUAAGUUGUCGUGUUUUUUCAACUGUGCAAACUUCAUUCCACCCAGCGUUAACCCUUUAAGCCCAAAGAGUGAUCAGCAUCAAAUUUCUCCUUGUAAUAUCAAUGCUUUGUACAACAGAGUGGUCAUGAGAAUUAGAGACAUGAUCACACAAGAUGAAUUUGCUUGAUAUUUUAUCAACUUCCUUCCACUACUUCUGCAAGGAAAUGAAUAGGGGCAACAAAUGGGAAUUCAAAUUUUGAUCUUAGGGUCUAAAGGGUUAAGACAGACUGGAAAACACAGCCAGCGGCUUACAAAAAUCGCAAGAACUGGGGAAAUCAAAACUGGAAGACAAAAAUGAAGCGUUUAGAGCCAUGUUACAGCUAAAUCUGACUCGAACGGGAAUGAGCCGUACUAUUUGAAACUACAACGAAAUAUACUGCGCGCCAUAUUAAUGGUAGGGGAGGGAUGGCUCUUUUUGAAAGUUUUCCUCUUUCUGAAUGCGUAAAGCUCUUACGGACCUGCUUGUAUGCCUUCAUUCAUUUAGCUAUAUCCUUUUUCCUUGUUUUAUUAAGUGAUGUUGAUAUCCUGACAUGGCAGUCUUUAGAACAAAGGAUGCAUGACAUUUCUUUGAUUAUUAGAUAUAGAAUUUAACGGAAGAGAAGGAAAUGACAGAGGUUUCAAAAUUCGUUUGUUAAGGCAAACGGAUGAAGUGACAUUUCUAGGGAACUACUUCAAAAAAGACAAACACUCCUCGCCGAAAUUAAAAUGAUUUGAUCCUGAAACGGUGUUAAAUUUGUGGCUCUAAAUUAAAAGAUUAACGGAACAUGGCUUUACACAAUCGACUCCUGCGUGAUAACUCGAACCUUAAAGGGAAAUCGAAAAAAGUUCGAGUUAUCGGGAGCUUGAAGAAAAUAGCCGGGAGUAAGGAAAAGAACAGUUUUUACCGCACAUUUAAUUGUAGAAAUUUUACGUGAAAAUUAAAAGACACGUCUAGAUUAUGAAUCAGAAAGUAGCGUAACAAAACAUUGCCUAAAUAGAGCAUGAGUUUUACUGUUUUAAGAAUUAAAGCCUUUUCACGUUAGAUUUGUGGCAAUAAACAUCAGCCUCCAGUGCUAGAUUAAACUAUACGUUAAUGGGAAAUUCAAAAUUCAAUGUUUCGGAUGCCAGUAGACUGUUUUUUCCCGACUUUUUAAGGGCUCAAAACAUGGUUCGAGGUAUCGAGGGCAAAAUUAUAUAGAAAUGAUAUCAUGAAGUAGUUUUUGUUGCCGUCUCAGAGGGGGAGGUUCGAGUUAUCAAGGGCUCGAAUUAUCGGGAGUCAACUGUACUUGGUUUUUGGUGAGAAUAAUUUUUUUGAAUUAAAGCUUUUUCCUUUAUUAUUUAAGAACACUAAAACAGAAUUUAUCAAUGAAUGAAUACCCGCCAAUUAACAAGAAAAUCAAUAUAUAAGCUUAUUUGACCAAGAGUGGAGUGAAAAUGACAGGAUAUAUAUUGGCCAUAGUUCUUGUUUUAUGGAUGGUGGUUAACUAAGGGCCUGUUUAUAAGGAGUGGGGGACCCCGGUCUAAUGGGGUUGGUUUCUUUUGUUUUCACGCUCUGGGGGACACAAAACAAAAUAAACCUACCCCACUAGACCGGGGUCCCCCACUCCUUGUAAACAGGGUCUAAGACACUCCCCCACCCCAAGUGUCAUCAAUAUUCGCAAGAAAGGGAUUAUGGUUAAUAAAAAAGCACGAGGUUGGGUUCUCGUGCGCUUGUCCUUUGUUGUUGUUGUGAUGCUGGUAAAAAAUGAAUAGUCGAUUGGGUAACAACUCUUGCCUCUUUAUAACUUUUAUUAAAACUUCUAAGCACUUGCUAAUUCAUGGAAACAACAACGUUGCGUGUACGUGCUGACAUGGAGAAAUUUUAAGCAAACAAGCGAUGACCUCUUCAAUUUGCUCACGUAUUAAACAAGCGUCUUCACCUUUAAUUGAUUCCUGAUUAAAUUUACCCCAUAACGCAGUUUUGUACGUGCUCCUGAAAUUUGUCGAGUGCAAUAAAUUAUUUGUCUUCCAGCUCGUUAGUAAUUAGUCCUUUGGCUGUGGUGUUUAAGGCUUUUUUAAGAGAAAAAAAUGCCACAGUUAAUUUUUUUUUUUUGCAAAAUCAGUACUAAUUCACCAAAAGUUAUUGUUUUUUUUUUUGUCUUAAAUUGAUUAAUACAUUGGUGAAGAACGUUCACUUUCCUUAUAGCGAGAGCUAAUGGAGGCGGUUAGUUGCAACUGCAUCAAAAUGGUAAUAGGACUGAACGGAAUCCAAUUCUCGCCCAAUGUAAGUGAAUCCAAGACAUGUCUUGAAUUCUGGAUUCCACGUCAUGGAUCCAGGAUGCCAAGUACUGGAUUCCGGAUCCUUUGUCAGUUGAACUUGGGAUUCCCGAUUCCUCUCGCUGAAUUUCGGAUUCCAAAGCCAGGAUUUCGGAUUCUACAAGCAAAAAGUUUCCGGAUUCCCUUACGUGGGGUGGCGACUCGGUCUGUAAUCAUACGAGUAAUUAAACAAUUCGGAUAACUGCGUAGUGGAGUCCAAUUUGUUCAAUCAUAACUUAAACAAAAUAUUUGAUCAUGUUUAAACCUUUUUAAUCAUCACAAGGUCUUCCGAGUGCACCCACUCAAGAGCAACUAUCUACAGUGCGCGCGAUUGCUCGCACUGUCCAAUUCUAGCAAUGACGCACACUGGAGUCGCAGUUAAAUUGUGAUAUUCGAUUCAUGCCGAGAUCAGGGCUGCCGAUGGCCAAACAGAUCAGAGAAAUUUAGUUAUAGUUUUGAUUAGACCGGCGUCAGAAAACAACUAAGUAGAAAGUUGAAAUAACUCAGUAGCUAAGGAUAAUUAUAAAAAAUGGUAAACGCGGGGAGGAACGUUUUGAAAUUUUAUAGAUGAUUUAUUCAGUAAUCAGUUCUAUGACAUAAGCUUAAUUAUAUAGCACCCUGAGGUAAAUAAUCUAGUGUUGUCAAACACGACUAAUGGACAAAUUUAAUUAUUUUCCGUCAAGUGUUUAAAUUCGAAUGAACUACCUGUCGCCAAAUUAAGCGUUUGUUUUACUUGGAAUUAACUAAGUAUAUGAAGCUUAAUAAAAAUUCGUCACUGAUAUACCAUAUACUAAUCCCUCAUGUUGUAUUGAUUGUAGGAUGCAUUGAUUUUAUAGUAUCGCUGAGAUAUAUAUAGAGCCAGCUUUAUCUCAAAUUCACGGCUUUCUUUUUCUUUACCAAUUUUCCUUUUCUUCUAGGUGCCGUUUAUAAAUGCCAGUAUUUUCCUUCCUGAGGAGUCUACAAAUGUCAUAUUACACGAAGGUAACUGCCGUGAGGUAUUAAAGUGCAACUGGUAAUAUAUCGCACGGUUUAGUUCAAAAGCUGCAGGAAUUAACCAGGAGUUCUGCCGAAAUAAUUCGUGUCUCAUAACUGGACCGUGUGAAGGUUGACUUAUGGGGCCACACCAGACCCUGAAAGCUACCCAACGUCCAAAGUUACGUUGAUGUGCAAACUUCUAUAGAGCAUUAUUUAUUCACGAAGGUGCAUGUUAACUACGCUGUAGGAUCUCUCAAGGAAAAUUCAGAAACAUUUAGAGAACACACGCUUUAAAACUCCUGAAAAAGAUUGUGGUAAUACGAAAUUUCAGCGUUAACCCUAAACUAAAAGGAACCGCCAAUUCAUCAAAUUUGAGGACGUAUAGAAGAAGAUUCCAUGCUCUACUAAAACUUCAUGGAUGCCAUUAAUACAACUGCAAUUUUCAAUAAUACAACUUCCUGCGAUGACGGAAGUUGCAUGCCAGUGGGUAAAAAUCCUUUUGUCUUCAACAAAUGGGAAAAAACGUUAAUAAUUCUCGCAAAUGCUGCGAUAUUUUGCCUCGCCAUUCCAGCCAAUGGAAUCGUAAUCGCAGUAAUAUCACGUGUGCAGAACGUGCGUACACCGACAAGUACAUUUCUCUUAAAUUUGUGCGUCGCAGAUAUCUUAAUCGCAUCGCUUUACAUUCCGUUCAUUACGGUCGACAUGUAUAUCACUAGUCACUGGAUAUUUGGAGACUUCAUGUGCCGAUUGGUAUCAUUUGUAUUCUACCUAGCCACGUAUUUCUCGAUUUUACUUCUCACCGCUAUAUCGGUUGAGCGAUACAUCUCGGUUUGUCUUCCAAAAAGGCUACGGUUGACCGCUAAGAAAGCGUUUAUAACCACUGUUGUUUUAUGGCUUAUCGCGGUGUGCCUUGCCAUGCCGCUUUUUAUCGUCAAAACUACAAAAGUCCAUCGUCAAGUCGAGUAUUGCGUACUAACCUGGUCGAAAAAGUCAGCUAAGAUUUACCACACUGUCGCUCUCACCCUGUUUUACAUAAUGCCUAUUGCGUUCAUGGGAAUGGUGUACUAUAAAAUUGGAAGAAAAGUUUGGUCCAGUGCGAACAGGACAAGUUCAAUGAAGCUCUCGAAAAAACGUUCAUCUCACUCCAAGCUACGCUUUACAAAGAUAGCCCUUGCUAUUAUUUUGAGCUUCACGAUUUCAUGGACCCCACGGAAUGCAACCAAGACACUGCAUUUGUUCGAUAAGAACUUUCCCUACUCAUACGAGUUUGCGCAUAUCGUGUAUCCCAUAAUUUACUGGGUGGCCUUCUCCAACUGCGCUGUCAAUCCGCUAAUCUACUGCUAUAUGAGUCAAAACUUUAGGAAAGCUUUUAAGAUUUUUCGGAAUCGAAGGACACGAAGUUAUCUUGUAGAGUCGAUGAGUGUCAUGUCUAGAUCAAGCUCCAAGCGGUUUAGCAGACGAAUUCAAAAGCCUGCAGAUGAAACCUUUCCUCAAGAGAUGAAUGGGGUACCUAACGAACAAGAGGAUCUUCACACAAACUCGGAGGUUCGGGAUGGAUCCCAAGUAAGCAAACAUGAGAUGCGAAACAAAAAAGAUUUAUAUUUAAUAGUGUCAGCGCUAUAG